AUGGAUUAUGAUUUAUACUUAGGCGUUGUAAGUGGAAGCAGAAACAUUACCACCCUUUCCGGUCCAGUUGAUGUGAAUGGCAUCACCAACCUUUCUAGACUCGGUGGCAAACUCAGGCAAGAUCUUGAAAGUGUGGGCUCCGAAGUAGUCUCUCUGGGCUUGCAACAAGUUAGCUGGCAGCUUCUUGGAUCUGUAACCGUCGUAGAAGGACAAAGCAGUAGAGAAGGCUGGGGUUGGGAUACCGGCCUCAAUAGCAAGUCCGAGAGUCUUUCUCCAUCCGGAUUGUGCCUUGGCAAUAGCCUUGUUGAAGAAUGGGUGGAACAGCAAGUUCUCCAAGUCUGGGUCCUGUCUGUAAGCAGAGGUGAUCUCACCCAAGAAAACCGAUCUGAUGAUACAUCCUCCUCUCCACAUGAGAGCAAUGGAUGGGAAAUUGAGCUUCCAGCCGUACUCCUUGGCAGCUUCUCUGAUCAACAUGAAUCCUUGAGCAUAGGAGAUGAUCUUGGAGGCGUAAAGAGCCUGUUCCAAGUCGUCGAUGAAAGUCUGCUUGUCAGCAAGCUUAGGAGCCUCGGUUGGGCCGGCAAGCAAGGUGCUGGCUCUUCCUCUCUCCUCCUUCAAAGCAGAAAGACAUCUAGCGAACACGGCCUCACCAAUCAAGGUGACUGGCAUACCCAAGUCGAGGGCGUUGAUGGCGGUCCACUUACCGGUACCCUUUUGGCCAGCAGAGUCCAAAAUCUUCUCCACCAAUGGGGUUCCGUCGUCGUCGUUGAAAGCGAGAAUGUCUCUGGUGAUCUCGACCAAGAACGAGUCCAAAACUCCCUUGUUCCACUUGGCAAAGACGUCGGAGAUCUCCUUGUCGGUGAAGCCACCAACACGCUUCAUGAGGUCGUAGGCCUCGCAAAUCAAUUGCAUGUCACCGUACUCGAUACCGUUGUGGACCAUCUUGACGUAGUGGCCGGCUCCGGCAUCUCCAACCCAGUCACAGCAUGGCUCGCCGUCCGUCUGGGCAGCAAUGGACUGGAAAAUGUCCUUGAUGUGUGGCCAUGCCUCGACAGCACCACCUGGCAUCAACGAAGGACCGUAACGGGCACCUUCCUCACCACCAGACACACCGGAUCCAACGAACAAAAUGCCCUUCUUCUUGAGAUCGGCAAAACGUCUGUUGGAGUCUGGGAAGUGCGAGUUACCACCAUCGAUGAUAAUGUCACCCUCCUCCAUGUAAGGCAAAAGUUGGUUGAUGAAACUGUCGACAGGGUCUCCGGCCUUCACAAGCAAGAUAACUCUUCUAGGUCUCUUAAGCUUCUCGCACAACUCCUUGAUGGAGUGGGCACCAAGAAUGGACUUGCCCUUGGCCUCGUUGGCCAAGAAGUGAUCCACCUUCUCAACAGUUCUGUUGUAGGCAACAACAGUAAAGCCGUGGUCUGCGGCAUUGAGAAUCAGAUUCUGGCCCAUCACGGCCAAUCCGAUCAAUCCAAUAUCACCCCUUUCAUGUUAGAACAACAUGACGAUUGUACUUACUUUGGUUCACUCAUUUUCAAUUCUUAUUAA